AUGUCGACGAGCGAUGAAGUCGCGCCGUUCUUUGGGUUCAUGGGCGCGACGAGCGCGCUCGUGUUCAGUUGCAUGGGCGCGGCGUACGGCACGGCGAAGUCCGGCGUCGGCAUCGCGUCCAUGGGGGUGAUGCGGCCGGAGUUGGUGAUGAAAUCCAUCGUCCCGGUGGUCAUGGCGGGCGUGCUCGGGAUAUACGGGUUGAUCAUCGCGGUGGUGAUCAGCACGAACAUCGACGCGUCGUCGUACACGCUGUUCCAGGGAUACGCGCAUCUCGGCUCUGGGUUGGCGUGCGGCCUGAGCGGACUGUCGGCGGGGAUGUGCAUCGGGAUCGUGGGCGACGCGGGCGUCAGGGCGAACGCGCAACAGCCGAAAUUGUUCGUCGGGGUGAUUUUGAUUUUGAUCUUCGCCGAGGCGUUGGCGCUGUACGGCAUGAUCGUCGGGAUCAUUCUGUCGUCCGCCGCGAGCGCGGCGACGUCGUAG